AUGAAGUGGAGCGAGGAUGAGGAUGGGAUGUGCAAGCUGUGUGGUGACAAGUUGGGAACUGUGCCGCAUAUUCUGGCUGGUUGUCCUGUAUCACUAAGUCAAGGGAGAUACCGAUGGCGCCACGAUAAGGUGCUUAAACAAAUAGCAGACCAAGUGAAAUUCCAUUGUGAGCGGAGAGUCAACAAGAGGAAGAGCUCUUGUGUCACUCGGAAAGCCAUUGAGUUUGUUCCAGCAGGAGGGAGGUUUAAGGAGGUGAAGAGGUCGAAAGUCAGUGAGUUUGGGAUUCUGAGUGGGGCCACUGAUUGGAUAGUAUUAGCAGACCUGGAUAAGCAGCUGAAAUUCCCGUCGGAUAUAGCAACGACCAGAUUAAGACCAGAUUUGGUUCUUUUCUCGAAAGCUUCCAAGAGAGUAAUCUGGUGGGAGCUUACAGUACCGUCGGAAGAGAGAAUAGCUGCAUCCCAUGAGCUGAAGCUUGAUCGGUAUAACAGUCUACAAGCGGAAAUACAAGCUAAUGGGUGGUCAUGUUUCAGCUUUGCUGUUGAGGUUGGUGCUAGAGGUGUGGUCGCAGCAAGUUUGGAGUGUGCAUCAAGGAAGAUUGGUCUGACUGGGAGAGCCCUCAAGAAGUUGGUCAGAGAUUGUGGGAAGGAUGCAGCCCAUUGUUCAAGAUGGAUUUAUCUGCUAUCUAGGAAAAGAGAGUGGGAGAUGAGAGCUGUUUGA